AGCGGCUCUCGCGUUAGGACCCAGCGGAUCCGGGGCUGAGGGCGGGCGCCGGCCGUCGGGGGCCCGGAGCGGGGCUCGCAGCGGGCAGAGGGGCGGCGCUGGCGGCGGACGCGGAGCGGCGGCGCAGUGGCCGGGCCAGCUGUCCUCUGACACCAGCCCCGCCACCUCACCUCACGGAGUAGCCAUGAGAGCUGCCUACCUCCUCCUGCUGUUCCUGCCUGGCCUGCUGGCUCAGGGGCAAUAUGACCUGGACCCUCUGCCGCCAUUCCCAGACCACGUCCAGUACACCCAUUACGGUGACCAGAUUGACAACCCAGACUACUAUGAUUACCAAGAGGCCACUUCUCGGCCCUCUGAGGAGCAGUUCCAGUUCCAGUCUCAGCAGCAGGUCCAGCAGGAAGUCAUCCCGGCCCCCACCUACGAGCCCGGAAAUGGGGAGACGGAGCCCACAGAGCCAGGGCCUCUGGACUGCCGUGAGGAGCAGUACCCGUGCACCCGCCUCUACUCCAUCCACAAGCCCUGCAAACAGUGUCUCAACGAGGUCUGCUUCUACAGCCUCCGCCGGAUGUACGUCAUCAAUAGGGAGAUCUGUGUCCGCACCGUCUGCGCCCACGAGGAGCUGCUCCGAGCUGACCUGUGUCGGGACAAGUUCUCCAAAUGCGGGGUGAUGGCCAGCAGUGGCCUGUGCCAAUCCGUGGCGGCCUCUUGUGCGAGGAGCUGCGGGGGCUGCUAAGGUGCAGCUGGCACCCGAGCCCUAGCCCCUCCUCAGAUCCGGGGCCCUUGGGCCCCGCCUAACCUGGUGCUUUCCUUCCCGCCCGACAUUCCGUUUAUUCUGUAAAAAGUUAGUGGACUGCGGCCCAGGGGGUUGUCUCAGGCCCCCCACCCCCAGGCUGUGACCACCCCAGAGGCACAGUGGGGCUCCCCACUGCCCAGUCUUUAGCCCCAGGUGGGGGGCAUCCCAGGCCUCAGUGGGACUGGGCCUCUCAAGUGCCUUUUCAGCCUCUGAGGUAGGCUAUGCCCCUCCCCCCAGCUGGUCUGUCUGGAUCUCCUACAGCCCUGGGCAUAGACCGCCUGUUUUAUACGAAAUUAAAUACAAGUUUUUACAAAAGACUCAGUCAUUUUU